AUGUUCAUACUCGAAGUUGAAAUACUCGANNNNACAUUUCUUUGUUCGUGGAGCAAGCAGAGAGAUUCCAUAAUUUGUCGGCAGACUUACGGCGUCUGGCAGUUGAUAGUCAAGGUGAAGUUGAUCGAGUUGUAA